GCUUUUAUUUUUCUUUCCAGACGACUACAGUUGAGCACAAAAACAAACUUGAACCAGAUGGGCUGCAGGCCAGCACUUGCUUAUGUCCUCGUCUGAAGUGGAGAAACUGAAGACUUAAAACUGAAGAGAUUUUACCUGUUUUAUUUUUCCAUUGUUGAAAAAAAAGGGAAGGGCUCUGCCAAGAAAAAAAACGACCAUUUGGAAAUUAAGUUAUGCGUCAGUGAGUGCGCACUUUACGCAUAAGGCGCACCAUGAACCUUUAAGAUGUUCGCCUCUAUUGUUCGUCUGUCAGGCUCUUCCUUUGUUGGUGUCACUUCUUCAAAACUCAUUGUAACCAUGAGUCGUGGCUAAAAACUUUUAAAUCGCAAAACCGCAAAAACUGAGGAGGUAAGCCUGAGACAGCAUGGGGGCCAAACAGAGCAGUUCAGUAUUUGACGGCAGAACUCGGGCUUAUUCCAGCUCCGAUCUCCCAUCUGGACACUCGAGUGGAGGGCAAAGGGUUGCCGGGUUUAGGUACACCAACGGACCGGAUGGACCCCGGAUCCGGUACACUGGUGGAGGGCCAACCAGCUCCGGGGUCAGCAUACCGGCCGGCGGCAGGUCAGGGUCACGCGUUCUCGACCAGAGCCUCGAUGGCACGGAUGGUGCCGACGAGGGCCAGCUGCCUCCUGAGGGCCACAGGUUGCUUAUAGGGUCCCUACCGGCUCACCUGUCCCCUCACCUGCUGGGAGGCUUCCAUUGUCCCGUUUGCUCCAAGUUUAUGGCUUCGGAUGAAAUAGAGAAGCAUCUGCUCAUGUGUUUCAGCAAAACACGCCUCACCUACAACAAGGACAUCCUGUCCAGAGACUCUGGGGAAUGUGCCAUCUGUUUAGAAGAGCUGGAGCAGGGAGAUACAAUUGCCAGGCUGCCCUGCCUCUGUAUCUACCAUAAAGGGUGUAUAGAUGAGUGGUUUGAGGUGAACCGCUCGUGUCCGGAGCAUCCUGCGGAAUAAGAGCUGCAAGAGUACAGAUUCAUUUUGCUGUACCUGUACCUCAUCCCAACACUGGUCCAGUUGAGCAUAAACGCUCCUCAGGGAUUCUAAGACAUUAUUGUGUACAGGUAUUUUUCACAUUGCCUUAUGGAGAAUCGAUGAACUGUGGAUAUGUUUCUCUAGGCAUUGUUGGAUGUUCAAAGAACCACUGGCGGAGUCAUUUUGUCUCCAGAAAAAUAUGUGAAUGUUCAUUAUGCCACCUGCUGGCCUGCAGUGGGUUCAUGCAACCUGGGAUCUGAAAUGAACUAUUUUGCUGAACAGGGUGUGGUUUUAUAACCAAGGACUUUUAUAACCCACAUGGCUGGAGAAUAAGAUCUCCUUUCUGUCAGCAGAGAUUUAGGUUCAGAAAACUGAAGGCUAAUGUUGUGCAAUGUGAAAACGGCCAUACAAAAUUAUAUCAGCUUUAAGGGAUGAUUACAGUGUUUAUGGUAGUAAAAAAAUAGAUCUUAAUUUUAUUGCAAAAUUGGCUAUCAUUGUUUGUUAACAAUCAUGUGUCCUCUACUAAGUAGUCUAAAAUGAAAUAGUCUGACUCUGACUUAAAUCGCCUGUCCAUUCAGAACCACAGUAAUGGGAUUGUGUAGUUUAGUGGUGGAAUUUAAGAUAGGUAAAGACAUAUCUAAUGGUGAUUCGUGCUCUCUCCGAGGAGUGCCAUAUUAUGCUGCUAUGUCAUAGACUGGAAACGUUUCUAAUAACUUUUGAACCUUUGUUCAUUGUAUUUUCUGUUUGUACUGUAAUGAAUUGCACAACAAUAAAUGUUUUGUCUUGUCUCUU